AUGACUACCACAUCAGCCUUCCCCCACAUCAAGGAGAUUCGGUCUUUCAUCAUUGGUGGAGUAGGAUCGGGAGGUGAUUAUCACAAUGUCAAAGGUGGUCACUGGUUGAUCGACAGCGACAUCUCCACUCCCAUGACAAAAUGGGCCCAAUAUCGCGGCUCCCGGACAUCCUGGGGUAUCAAUGUGCUGGGAUCCUUCUGUGUUGAGGUCGGAGCCACCGACGGAACCAAGGGAUUUGCGACUGGAUUCGGUGGUCCCCCAGCCUGCUGGUUGGUACACCAGCAUUUCGAGCGUUUCCUCAUUGGCGCCGAUCCCCGUGACACCAACGACUUGUUCGAGAGGAUGUACCGUGCUUCUAUGUUCUACGGCAGAAAGGGUCUCCCAGUCGCCGUUAUCUCUGUCAUCGAUCUCGCUCUCUGGGACUUGUUGGGCAAGAUUCGCAACGAGCCCGUCUACAAGAUGAUCGGCGGUGCAACCCGCUCACGAUUGGACUUCUACUGCACAGGCUCGCAGCCCGGCGCAGCCAAAGCAAUGGGUUUCUCCGGAGCCAAGGUGGCCCUGCCUCAUGGUCCUGAUGAGGGUACGGAAGGAUUAUUGAAGAACGUCGCAUAUCUCCGCAAGCAGAGAGAGAGCGUUGGUCCCGACUUCCCCUUGCGCGUGGACUGUUACAUGUCGUUGAAUGUACCAUACACCAUCGAGCUCGUCAAGCGGUGCGAGGCCGAAGGAAUCAAUAUCGACUGGUGGGAGGAGUGUCUCACCCCAGAUGACUUUGACGGCCAUGCUCUGCUCAAGCGCGCCCAUCCUACCGUCAAAUUCACCUCCGGUGAGCACGAGUAUUCUCGUUAUGGUUUCCGGAAACUCGUUGAGGGCCGCAACCUCGACAUCAUCCAGCCCGACGUGAUGUGGGUGGGCGGCAUGACAGAGCUGCUCAAGGUCUCCGCACUUGCAGCGGCGUAUGACAUCCCCGUCGUCCCCCACGCAUCGGGUCCCUAUUCAUAUCACUUUGUCGUAUCGCAGUCGAACUCGCCGUUUCAGGAGCACCUGGCCAACUCUGCUGAUGGAAAGACCGUCGAGCCGGUGUUCGGCAAUCUCUUCCUGAAUGAACCCAUCCCGACGCAGGGAUACCUCGACGUUUCGGUCCUGGACAAGCCUGGAUUCGGGCUUGAAUUGAAUCCCGCAGCGCCUUUGAUCCUUGCGUCUUCUAUACUGACCCCGGCCCCUCAGAAGAGCUUGGCAUUACCCGCUGAGAAAGAGAAAGAUACGACUCAAUAG